CUCUCCGUCCGUCCGUCCCUCCCUCCCUCCCCCUCUCUAUAAAUUGAAGUUUUCCCAUUCCCAGCUAAAAACCAAAUCAUACCUGCCAGUUUUCUCUUUCUCUGUAUCUGUGCAAGAGGAAUCUCUUUUGUAUGGCCGCCAACCUCAAGAGUCUUCCCGGGAUCGGCAGCUUGGGGAAGCGAGUUGUCAACCAGAUCUGGACCGCUAACUCGCCCGAUUCCACUCAUUUCUUCACGCUCUCUGCCAUCACUUCUUUCACCAUAAGGAGUGCACACUCGUCUGUUUAUGAUAAGAACCUGGAUGAUCAGGUGCACUCAAGUGUGGUACCUGACGAUGUGAUACCACCUCAAUCUGACAAAUACUGGGCCCCAGAUCCACAGACUGGAGUGUUUGGACCUGCCUCUGAUCACAAAGCAGCUGCAGCCAAUUCCUCCUCUGCCAAAGGCAGUCAGGGGUCAGUGUUGGAGGAGAAGGCUUGGUUCCGCCCCACUAGUCUUGAAGACACUGAGAAACCUCAUUCUCACUGAUUGCAGUCUUACCGAAGUAAGCCUGUACAUAUAUCUACAUAUAUGAAUAAAUAUAUGUAUCCUGUAAAAAUAAGAACGCCAUAGACAGGGUGGGACUCCGAUGCAAACUUUCGUAACUGGUUGCAUGGUAAUAUUGUGUGUUUGCUAUGAAAUAUUUGGUUGCUAAUAUGGAAUUGCUAUCGUGGCUAUGAUAGAUGGUAUGUGUGUUCUUA